AUGUAUCCACAAUCACAGAACACUCAAUAACAGGCAGUGCAACAUUAGCCAUCAACUCAAUCUACUCAGUAUCAGCCAAAUUCAAUCAAGUUAACAAGAAAAGACUCUAAACGAGACUCUCAUACCAAAUUUUAGCACGAAGGUGUCUCGCUCAAAAUACACCCUGUAAUUGGCGAUUCAAAUGUAGUAAAAAAUAUUUAUUUAUAAAUUAGACUGUAAAUCAAACAAAUCAUCCAAAUCCAGACAAUUAAUUUUUCAUACUUGAAGACAAAAAGAUAUAGUUAGACAAAAAAAAGUAGCCUUAAUUUUCUUCAAAAUUAAGUUGUUUUAGGAAGAGGCCAGAUCCUAGUUUAGAAUGGGAACAUCAUUAAGAGAAGUAACUAUACAGCGAAUUUUCUGAGUUUAUAGAAUCAAGGUUCAAAGAAGUUCUGGUAAAAGUUAUUGAAUUAUUUUAAGAUAACCUCGAGCAUAAAUAAAUACUAUGCAAAAAUAGGAUUCCAAAUAUUUAUUUUCAUCUUCAACUUUCUUGAACUAAUUUUUACCUUAAGCUACAAAACUUAUAAUAUUGAUCUUGAGACAUAUGAGUUUUGCUACACCAUUUCUAUCAUUUCAUCAGUCAUAACUCAUAUUUUAUCCUGGAUGUAUUCAUUCAACCUAAGACAAGUUGUGAAAAAAAAUAUCUUUGUCAAUAUGCCCUAUUAUAUUUUCUAUAUGGUUAUGGGGGGUUUAAGUUUUUUAAAAAUAGCUCCAUUUAUAUAUUAUUUCAAUAGAGAUUAAUCCAUUAAUUAAUAUUCAUUUAGCGAAAUUAAUAAAUAUUUGAUUUUAAAUGGGGAAGAUAAAUUUAGAAAUCCAUUAAGACUUUUAAAAAAAAGAGCAAAGCCUGUCAAUAUAUUUAGAGAUUUUAUUUUUCACAGGUUAUCUGUUCUUUCCAUGAUAAUUACCUUGUGUCUUUAAACAUUUCCUUAAAUUUUUAUCUAAGGUUUUUACAAUUCAGAAAAAUCUAAAUGGGAUGGAUUCAAUACUGUGAGCUUUAUUUUAUUAAUAAUCAAUUUAAUCUAUUACCUUUUUGAAUUAUACUUCAUUAUUAUAACUACAACUUCUAGAUUUAUGCAAACUGAACUAGAAUUUAAAAUGAAGAAAAUAAAAUUAAAGUAUUUUGAAGAAACUAAACAAUUAUUGAAAGCAGACUAACAAAAAAUUGGAUUUAUUAAGUCUUUUUAUUUUCAUAUAGACUCAAGUAUAUUAAGUUCUUAUCAAAAGAAAGUAUGUAUGGUUUUAAUCCUUACUUUCUUAACAAGAUAUAAAAGAAUUGAAUAUAUCUAAUUCCAUUAUAUUGAUUGUUAUGAAGAAGUUACAUUGUAAUAUUUGGCUAAUUGCCUAAAAUUAAUUUAAGUAUAGAGAAUAAGUUUGUUAUAUUAUGAUUAAAAAAAUUUAGAAAGUUUGAAAAGUAUAUUUUAAAAAUAAAAUUUUCCUAAUUUAACUCUUCAAUUUUAAGACAACAGCAUUAUUGAUGCUGAAUGGGAUGCUGAUUAGAUUGAUAUAAAUGAUGAAGAAGAGAAAGUUUAGGAUUUACUUUUAAUUGAAAAUCCUAAAAUAAAUUCUGGUUGGUAAGCUGUGUAAUAGAAUUAUUUUAUUAAAAAUGAUUAUAUUAAAAAAACAGAAUAUUUUAUGAAGCUGAUUCCAAAAGAAUACUAGACAUUAAAAAGAUACUCUAAAGGAUCUUUUGGUGUGGAUAAUCAUUAAAAUUAAGAGGCAAUUAAAUCAAUUAUAUAUGAAAGCCCUGAAUAGAUUGUUGAAGAAGCAUAAGCUAAAAUAGAUUGCAUAACCAAAAGAGCAAUAUUUGAAGAAUAUAUAGGGAAAUAUAAAUUUUUGUUAACGUUGUAUGAUUAUUAUCAAAGCUUAGCAGAAUUGAAUGAAUGUCAUGCAUCUAUUCAAUCAUUUUACUCUAUGCUUAAUGGGUCAUUAUAAAUUGUUUCUCUCUACUAUUUGAGUACCAAUUCAGAUAAUUUUACUACAGCGUUAAUAGUUUUAACAGUAGUUCAUCCAUUUAUAUAGUUGUUACUAUUUGCAAUCUUUUAGUCAAGAGUAUUUAAAAAUUUAACGCCAUUAUACUAAAUAUAAUAUGUUCUUUUAUAUGGUAUAUUUAACUUUUUCAAGAUAUGGGAUAUCAUAAUGAUUGUAUUGUAUUUAGCAGUAAAAUAAUUUUCUGAUUUUGUGAGAAGAGAAUUUAAUGGUGAAGCUUACAUAAAGUUCAAAAAUUAUGCUUCAAAAUUUGAAGGUAGUCUUCCUAUUUCAAUUUUUUCCUAAAAGUCUGUAUAAGUUAAUCCAAGAAGUGUAAUGCAAAUAAAAUAUUAACCAUUUUAUUAGGCAGUUAUUUGGGCAACAGAUGUUUAGGAAGUAUUAAAUAAGCUUCCUUAGUGCUUUAUUUAUAUAUUAGUAUUAUACAAAGACAAGAGUUCAUUUAUUGUAAAUUCUGCUGUAAUUCCUGCUAUAAUUUAGCAAGUAAAAGAGAGUUUAAUUUCAUUAAAAGAGUUAUUAAAAGUUCUUAUUUAAGACUUUUUCAUUCCAGCUUUAAUUUUAAGUAGAGUUUCUGAAGAAUAAUUCUUAUAAUCUAUAUUAUAUUUUAAUUCAAUUUCAAAUUAAAUGAAAUUAGAAUAUCCUAAAUCCUUUUCAAUAUUGUCGAAAGCUAACGAAAGAUUUAUAAAAGAAAGUUGCAUUUUGAAAAUUAAUUUGAAAACUUUAGAUUUUAGUGAUUAUAAAGAUUUAAAUAGAGAGAAGAUACUGGCAUAGGUUAGACUUGUUCUUGCUUCUAUAGAAAAUAAAUUGGAAAUAUAUGAUGCAUAAAGAUUUUUUUUUAUGGGAUCUGAAAUUAAUGAUUUUAUCAGAUGUCUUAUAGCGAGUAGAAUUUAUUAAUUAAAACUUAAUUUUUCUUUAGACGAAGUAGACCCUCAUCAUACUCAUUAUCUUAAUGCUAUUAUAAAGCAUUGCCCAUCAUAAUUGCAACUCUUACAAAUAUAAAUUGAAGCUUCAGAAUUAAAAAAUAUGGAAUUUUUAGUAGAAAGAUAACAUUCUCUAAAAGCAUUUUCUUAUUCCUUUUUCUAAAAAAUAAAAUAAGAAAAAUCAUUUAAUCCAGUUUUAAGAUAAAAAAAGAAUUCAAAAUUUAUUUUAGAAAUAAAGGAAGAAUUUUUACAUUUAGACAGGUACAAUUUUGAGCAAUUCUAUUUUGAAGUUUCUGGAAAUCUUGGAUUGUCUUAAUGUAAUGAAUUAUUAGCAAAGUUUACUGAGAUGAAAGUAUUCAAGUUAUCGCUUUAUAAUAAGGCAGAUAUACAGAUAUUUGAAUUUUCAAAAAAUUUAACAACACGACUCGAUAUUUUGGAUAUUACUUUUGAAAAUAUUAGAUUAGACUUUUAACAAUUCCGAUUCAAUACACUGAAAAAACUAAAAAUGGUAUUGAAAAUGUGUGAAUUUGAAAAAGAGAAAUUAGAAACAAUUUUAUUAAGUUUAAACUUUAAAAAUACAAAAGAGGUUGAUAUCGAUGUAUCUUAAAGUAUGUAGAUCUUUACAACCAUGGAGUAGAAAGAAAUAGUAAGAAAUUUAGAGAGAAAAAAUAUAAAUGUCAUUUUUAAGAUCUGA